GUGUUCCUCAACACUUUGACUAUCUCUUCAGAACAUUACAACCAGCCCCUGUGGCUCACGCAAGUCCAGGAUGUGGCCAAUAAAGUGCUGCUGGCCCUGUUCACGUGUGAGAUGCUGGUGAAGAUGUACAGUCUGGGUCUGCAGGCUUAUUUUGUGUCUCUGUUUAAUCGCUUUGACUGCUUUGUGGUGUGCGGAGGCAUCACAGAGACGAUCCUAGUCGAGUUUGAGAUUAUGUCACCUCUCGGCAUCUCAGUGUUUCGAUGUGUGCGACUUCUCAGGAUCUUUAAAGUCACACGUCAUUGGGCAUCUCUCAGUAACUUGGUGGCAUCUCUGCUGAACUCCAUGAAGUCCAUUGCUUCUCUACUGCUGCUGCUCUUCCUCUUCAUCAUCAUCUUCAGCCUCCUUGGUAUGCAGGUGUUUGGUGGCAAGUUUAACUUUGACGAGACACAAACGAAGAGGAGCACCUUUGACAACUUCCCUCAGGCCUUGCUCACUGUGUUUCAGAUUCUGACCGGUGAAGACUGGAAUGCCGUCAUGUACGAUGGAAUUAUGGCGUACGGUGGCCCAUCAUCGUCAGGAAUGAUCGUGUGCAUCUACUUCAUUAUUCUCUUCAUAUGUGGAAAUUACAUUCUUCUGAAUGUGUUCUUGGCUAUCGCUGUGGACAACCUUGCCGACGCAGAGUCUCUGAACACAGACAGCAACGAUAAGAAGAAAGGUGAUGAAAAUGAAGAUGAUGCCAAGGCUGGAGAGGAGGAUGAGAAAGACAAUGCAGAGGAGGAUGAAGAUGAGCCGGACAUUCCUGCGGGGCCCCACCCACAGAUCUCAGAGCUUGUUAAGAAGGAGAAAAUCACUCCAAUCCCAGAGGGCAGUGCGUUCUUCAUCUUUAGCAGCACAAACCCAAUUCGUGUCGCGUGCCACAAGCUGAUAAACCACCACAUCUUCACCAACCUCAUCCUUGUCUUCAUUAUGCUAAGCUCCGCCUCCUUGGCAGCUGAAGACCCAAUCAGAAACUUCUCUGCCCGGAAUAUUAUACUUGGUUACUUUGACUAUGCUUUCACGGCUAUCUUUACUGUAGAGAUCGUGUUAAAGAUGACCACAUAUGGCGCGUUUCUCCACAAGGGGGCUUUCUGCAGGAACUACUUUAAUCUUCUUGAUCUGCUGGUGGUCGGCGUGUCGCUGGUGUCCUUCGGAAUUCAAUCGUCGGCCAUCUCAGUGGUGAAGAUACUGAGGGUUCUGAGGGUGCUGCGUCCACUCAGGGCCAUAAACAGAGCUAAAGGACUGAAGCAUGUGGUCCAGUGUGUGUUUGUGGCUAUCAGGACUAUCGGAAACAUCAUGAUUGUCACCACACUGCUACAGUUCAUGUUUGCCUGCAUUGGUGUACAGCUCUUCAAGGGGAAGUUUUACCGCUGUACUGAUGACACCAAGUCCAGCCCAGAAGAGUGCAAGGGAAUAUAUAUCCUGUAUAAGGAUGGAGACGUGAACCUGUAUAAGGAAGGUGACGUGAACCUGCCAAUCAUUCAGAAGCGCCACUGGCACAACAGCGAUUUCAACUUUGAUAACGUGCUCAUGGCCAUGAUGGCUCUAUUCACAGUGUCCACGUUUGAAGGCUGGCCAGCGUUGUUGUACAAGGCCAUAGACUCCAACCGGGAGAACAUGGGUCCGAUCUACAACUACCGUGUGGAGAUUUCCAUCUUCUUCAUCAUUUACAUCAUCAUCAUCGCCUUCUUCAUGAUGAACAUCUUCGUGGGUUUCGUCAUUGUGACCUUUCAGGAACAGGGAGAGAAAGAGUACAAAAACUGUGAGCUGGACAAGAACCAGCGUCAGUGUGUGGAGUAUGCGUUAAAAGCACGUCCUCUCAGGAGGUACAUCCCAAAGAACCCAUAUCAGUAUAAGUUCUGGUAUGUGGUGAACUCCACCGGCUUCGAGUACAUCAUGUUUGUCCUGAUCUUACUCAACACCAUCUGUCUCGCUGUUCAGCAUUAUGGUCAGUCCGAGCUGUUCAAUUAUGUUAUGGACAUCCUGAAUAUGGUCUUCACCGCCGUCUUCACUGUGGAGAUGGUACUCAAACUGAUCGCCUUCAAACCCCGGCAUUAUUUCACUGACGCAUGGAACACGUUUGACGCCUUAAUUGUUGUCGGUAGCGUCGUAGAUAUUGCGAUCACAGAAGUCAACCCCACAGAGGCACCUCAGGUGGAUGAGACGGGGAACACUGAAGACAGCGCUCGCAUUUCAAUCACCUUCUUCCGUCUUUUCCGAGUGAUGCGAUUGGUCAAGCUACUGAGCAGGGGGGAGGGCAUUCGAACCCUUCUCUGGACCUUCAUCAAGUCCUUCCAGGCCCUGCCGUAUGUCGCUUUGCUGAUAGCCAUGCUCUUCUUCAUCUAUGCUGUCAUUGGCAUGCAGGUGUUUGGGAAAAUUGCCAUGGUGGACCACACACAAAUCAACAGGAACAACAACUUUCAGACGUUCCCUCAGGCUGUGCUUCUGCUCUUCAGAUGUGCAACAGGUGAAGCCUGGCAGGAUAUCAUGUUGGCAUGUAUGCCAGGGAAGCUGUGUGACCCGGAGUCAGACCAUAAUCCAGGAGAAGAGAUGACCUGCGGGAGCAACUUUGCCAUCAUCUACUUCAUCACCUUCUACAUGCUCUGCGCCUUCCUGAUCAUUAACCUGUUCGUGGCUGUCAUCAUGGACAACUUUGACUAUCUGACCCGUGAUUGGUCGAUUCUGGGGCCACAUCAUCUUGAUGAAUUUAAGAGGAUUUGGUCAGAGUAUGAUCCAGAGGCCAAAGGCAGAAUAAAACAUCUUGAUGUAGUGACGUUGUUGCGCCGUAUUCAGCCUCCACUUGGCUUUGGGAAACUCUGUCCUCAUAGAGUCGCCUGCAAGAGGCUGGUGGCUAUGAACAUGCCUCUGAACAGUGACGGCACUGUCAUGUUUAAUGCAACACUUUUUGCUCUUGUGAGAACUGCUCUGAAGAUCAAAACGGAAGGUAAUUUAGAGCAGUCCAACGAAGAGCUCAGAGCUGUGAUUAAGAAGAUCUGGAAGAGAACAAGCAUGAAACUUCUGGAUCAAGUGGUGCCCCCUGCUGGUGAUGAUGAGGUAACGGUGGGGAAGUUCUAUGCCACUUUCCUGAUACAGGACUACUUUAGGAAAUUCAAGAAACGCAAAGAGGAAGGCCUGGUGGGCGUUCACCCAGCACAGAACAACACCGCCGUCGCCCUGCAGGCUGGCCUUCGUACGCUGCAUGACAUUGGGCCAGAAAUCCGCCGUGCGAUAUCAUGUGACCUGCAGGAUGAUGAGCUAGUAGACUUUAUGCCAGAGGAGGACGAAGAAAUUUAUAGGCGAAAUGGAGGACUCUUUGGCAACCACAUCAACCAUAUAAAUGGUGAUCCCCGGAGAAGCUCCGGCCACCAGACAAAUGCCACACAGCGCCCCCUGCAGGUGCAGCCGCCCCCACAUUACGCCCACAUGAAACAGCCCGUGGGGCGCCUGGGUCGCGCCAAUGCCAUGGCGCAGCAAAACCAUCAUCGCCACCACCACCACCAUCAUCACCAUCAUCAUCAUCACAACUCCUACAACAAGUCGCCCAAGUCUACCAACAUCAACCUCAACAACGCCAACGUGUCCAGUCUACCCAAUGGAGGACACAAUUGUUACUAUGAGCAUAUGCCCGCUAACGGUUACCCGGGAUCAUACUAUGGAGAAUACGACAAGCCCAGUACCACACACGGGCAAAGGCGCUACUAUGAGACGUAUAUUAGGUCGCAGGGCAGUGACAGAAGACGACCCACUAUUCGUCGCGAAGAGGAGUAUGAAGAAGAUCGUUACACUGGAGAGUACUACAGUGGAGAGGAGUUUUACGAAGAUGACAGCAUGCUGGCGGGUGACAGGUACCCCAACAGUGACCAGGAAUACGAGACACCACAGGGUUACCAUCAUCCUGACAGCUGCUAUGAGGAUGACGAGCAGCCCCUUUAUCACGAUUCACAUAGGUCACCAAAGAGAAGACUGCUUCCUCCAACACCGCAAGGUAAUCGGAGACCGUCGUUUAAUUUUGAGUGUCUGCGCAGACAGAGCAGUCAAGAUGAUCUUCCUCACCAGCGUACUGCUCUUCCAUUACAUCUCAUGCAACACCAGGUGAUGGCGGUAGCGGGUCUCGACUCCAGCAGGGCUCACAGGCUUUCACCUACACAAUCUACCAGAUCACCUCCUCCCACUCCUGCAAGUAAAGACCGAACGCCGUACUACACACCGCUUAUCCGCGUGGACCGUCCUCUGAGGAACAGUGCCCACAGCAGUCACUCAUCCAUCCGGAAGAGCACGUGGUAUACAGACGACCCCGAGUACCAGAGGAACUACUCACCCGUUCACCUGCAGGUCCCACCCGAGUAUAGAAACCAGUACCACCAGAAGAGAGGCAGCGCUACCAGCCUGGUAGAGGCGGUCUUGAUAUCAGAAGGACUGGGUCGAUAUGCCAAGGAUCCAAAGUUCGUGACCGCCACGAAGCACGAGAUCGCAGAUGCAUGCGAGAUGACCAUCGACGAAAUGGAGAGCGCCGCCAGCCAUCUCCUGAACGGCGGCAUUAUGCCGAGUGCCAACGGCGUCACUGUCUUUCCCAUAAUGGGCCACAGAGACUACGAGCUGCAAGAUGUCUCAGCUAGCUACAGUGAUGAGGAACCAGAACCCGAACCCAGACCGCAGUAUGAGGAGGACCUGGCAGACGAAAUGAUAUGCAUUACCACUUUAUAGCACCUGAUAAGCGGCUACUGCUGUUCCUCAGAAAGUGAUCAGCAAAACAAACAAAUCGAAUUAUAGUAUAUUUACUGGCUUACUACCUAAAGAAGUGCCUUUACACCAGAGCAAAAAGGCACCACAAGAACGGACGCAUCGGUGACACUCGCUCACUUCCUGUUCACACAGUACUUUGGCAGUCGUGGCACCAGGGAGGAGCUAAGAAUCUCUGGAGGUAAACUUUAAUUGGCUGCUUGUACCGUCACUGCAGGAAAUGGACCAAUGAGCAGUGAGGGGAGGUACCCGGGGUGGGGGGGGACAGGCUGUUUCCACGGUGAUGACAAUCAAACGAAUGUCAUUACUUCAGUCACUUUAUUAAGGGUUUUGCAUAUCAAGCACGUUGUAAGCUCAAUGCAAGCUAAGUAUGGCAUAUCCCUCAACAAAGGCUUUAGUUUCGAUUCGCCCCGUAUUUUAGUACCGUUUAAGGCAAAGUGCAUAUUUUAGAGAACAAACGCUAAUUCUACAACACUGGUUUACAAUAAGGAUAUCAUGCAGGUUGGUGGAUUUCGAGAGGAUUUCAGCAUUUGUGUUGAAUGCACUAGCAGACAGGUUAUUUUUGUAAUUUAGGAUAGCCUGUUUGAUAUUUCAUAAUAUGCUGUAAAUGACUUGUAAUAUAUAAAGGAAAAAGAAAACUUUGUAAAGAGACAUAUAUUUUGUAAUUAUGUACUGUACAAAAAAUAAAAUCAG